GUUUUCGGAGAAUUAGAUCCAUGCCGUGGCGUACGAGGAUAAGGCCUGCAUUUCGAAAGUAUUGGACUGUUGAGGUGGACUUCUUUGCCUCUAAAGCGCACGGGAAUCGAUUACAUUUCUGCUGUUUUGUGAGCUUUUCAGGGGCGCUAUGAAUGCUUUGAAUUUCUGCGGGGGAUCCAACAGUGGAGUCUAUCCUCUACACAGCUUCAACUCCGUCUGUUUCGACCACCACCAGAUGGCAGACCAGUACCAGGUUUAUUCAUUGGCCAAUCCCUCCUCGGUUAACACGUUCUCUGUUGCUGAAAGACUUGCUGAGUUGAUCUUGGAGGCCCGUUAUGGGAACCAGCAAAAGCAACGUCGGAGCCGCACAGCCUUCACUGUGUCCCAGCUACAGGCUCUAGAGAAAGCCUUCCAACAGACCCAGUACCCUGAUGUAAGCAUGAGAGAAAGACUGGCUGUCUGCAUCAACUUGCCUGAAGCUCGCAUUCAGGUGUGGUUCAAGAACAGAAGAGCAAAGCUUCGUAAGGGACAGCGAUGCUCCCCUCUUCGCAGAGAACAAAGCCUGGAGGAACCACAUCAGACCAAGGCAGGAGGGGAAGGGAGCACUACUAAGGACUCCAAAACACAAAGCAAAUUUGCUCCUCUCUGGGAAGUCAGUGAUGCUCCUACCAUUUCUUGUCCUGGAGACGCCAUUGCAACUCAGGUCCACACAAGAUUACAUUAUCCUCCCGUUUUUCCCUUUGUGUAUGGAGAGCGGAACCACCUUCCACAUCAUCAUGCUUUAGGGAUGCUGUCAGCUGGCCUACAUUUGACCCCCAAAUUCUGGCCCAUUCUACAGCAACACAGCCCGGCCUUAGGAGUUGCCCCACCGGUUGGUAAAAACUGCAGCCUUUCCCUUCAGACUUUCUUUCCCAGUAAAGCUGUACACCACCCCAAUUUGGGUCUAUAACUUCUCUGCAGUGUGUAAUGGCAAAAAGGGACUGGUACACUGGUAUCAAUACGGACACAUAAACUACUGAUUGUAUACUUUGACACUGUACAUACUGUAUGUAUGUGUGAAGGACCUCUGACAAGUGAUUAUGUCUGUAGAUGAUUAGAUUGAUUAAGAAACACUCAAGGUAUGUUGUGAGCAUUCAGGAUCGCAAUCAGGAGUGGAUUGGUACAUACUUCAUUUGCAUAGAGAUGUUAGUCAGU